AUGUCUUCUAAGUCAGUUUUAGGUUGCAUAAGGAGACAUUUCAAAGGAGGCUCCACAACUCAAAGGAGAGUGCCCUCCCAUCAUCCCACGGUGUCAUUGGGGGGUCGAAACCCUACCGAGGGUCUCCUUCCCUCUCUUGCCCUGCCCAUCCCCUUCCUGUAUAUCCACCACACCUUCGAGCCAGACAGGCCCUGUCACUCCUUCAAGCAGUUCUCCAGGAGCAUGAGGGCCAUGCAGCGCUUCCACCAAGAAGACCGCGGCUGGGCUGAUGUUCCCCUCAGCUUUGUGGUGGGUUCUGAAGGGUACAUCUACGAGGGGCGCGGCUGGCAUCACCUUGGCAACCACACCAGGGGGCAGAACCCUUACGGUUACGGCGUGGCCUUCAUUGGCAACUACUCCUCCUUUCUGCCCUCACGCCACGCCCUGGAUCUGGUGCGCCAACACCUGGCCAAGUGUGCAGUGGAUGGCGGGCGCCUGCAGGCCAACUUCACCCUCCACGGGCACCGGCAGCUGGUGGACACCUCAUGUCCAGGAGACGCCCUCUACUCAGAGAUCAGGGGCUGGGAGCACUUUGGGGUGAGAGACUGUUCAGUAUUAUAG